AAGUCUUUCAAGUUUCAUCAACUUCGCUUUUUUACUUCAUUUCUCUCUGUUCUAUUCUUUCUUCAUCCUUUCUACCUCUCUUUGUCUCCCUCUGAAAUGGCUCCUCUCUUCUUGUUCCUUUGUUAUUUCCUUCCACUUCUUUCCCCUGCUGCUUCAACCAACUCUGAAGGAAAUGCUUUGCAUGCUUUAAGAAGAAGGCUUUCUGACCCCACCAAUGUGUUGCAGAGCUGGGACCCUACUCUUGUCAAUCCCUGCACUUGGUUUCAUGUGACCUGUGAUUCCACCAAUCGUGUCAUUCGUUUGGACUUGGGCAACUCUAAUAUCUCUGGGACUUUGGGGCCUGAGCUGGGUCAACUCCAACAUCUGCAGUACUUGGAGCUAUACAGAAAUAACAUAAGAGGGAAAAUUCCGAAAGAGAUAGGCAAUCUCAAGGCCCUUGUUGGCAUGGAUUUGUAUGGUAAUGAGUUCGAAGGAGAAAUUCCAAAGUCUUUCGCCGGACUGAAGUCGCUGCGAUUUCUUCGUCUAAACAACAACAACCUAACAGGAUCCAUUCCAAGGGAGCUUACCGCCCUCUCAAACCUUAAAGUAUUUGAUGUUUCCAAUAAUGAUCUCUGCGGAACUAUACCGGUUGACGGUCCUUUCGCAAUGUUUUCCAUGCCGAGCUAUGCGAACAACGCGAGGUUGAACGGGCCGGAGCUGAAAGGACUUGUGCCGUAUGACUUCGGCUGCUGAAGCAGCCAAUGCUUGUCCAACUUACCACUGCAAAAGCAGCGUGCAUUCUGAUAUUUAUGUAGGAGUGGAUAGUGAAACGCUCUACUCUGUAUCUAUAUAGUCUACAAGAAUAAAAUGCUCUCAAGUUCAAAA